AUGUUAAAAAUACAGGAUCCGGUGGAUCCUGUGCACGAUGUGCCAAGUCACAGUGUACCUGGCCAGUCCGCCCCCGGCCUCGCACUCGCGCCCGCUCUUACCGUGAGUGACGUGCCUGCGGAGGCUGUGGAGCGUGGCCACGACGUGGAGCUGGACGAAGACGAGCUGGGGCAUGCCACGCAUGAGAUCCCGCACGAGCUUAUCAACGAGAAGAUUGCAUGCGCCGGCUUCCUGCUGAAGCGCGGUGAGCGGCGAAAAGUGUGGAAACGGCGAUGGGUUGUGCUGCGGCCGUCGCGCCUGGCCUUUUACAAGAACGAGCAAGAGUAUUUGCUCCUCAACCUGGUCCCUACGCGAGACAUUCGCGCAGUCGUGCCCGUUGACUUUCGCCGCAUCGGCACGACGAUCGGAAUCGUGACCGCAGGGCGGACCUUGUUUCUCAAAGCCUCGAGCCAGGACGAGACUAACAUGUGGAUCGAGGCGCUGCUCAAUAUGCGCGACCAGGCCGUGGAAGGCGCAGAACUAGGACCCCACCUCUCCCGCUCGCCGACUAUGCCGGCCCUCUCAGUACCUCGCAGCGAAGACAACGCGGACGAGCGCAGCACGCCCGGACGCCGCACCGAGUUCCAGUCGUUCUCACGCUGGUUCACACUCGACUCGCAGGGCGGUGCAUCGUCGAAAGGCGCAACGGUAUUGUCGGCGCCGCGCACAAUCGAUGAUGCUAAAGCACGCCGCCCGCGUCCAUCGGCGCAUGGCAUGUGGCUGAGUAGCUCCGACGACGAUCAGGAGCCAGAGCUCGAGGACCCAGGCACCAUGCCGUCGGCCGCGCCGCGCGUGGCAUCGGGCUCCAGCGCGGCGCCCGACGAAGACGUGAACCGCGUCAUUGCGCAGGGCUACCUCAUGAAACAGAGCACGCGGCGGAAGCAGUGGCGGAAGCGCUGGUUUGUCCUAACGCUCGACUCACUGUACUACUCGCGCAGCCACAUGGAGCUGCACACGUACCGCCGUGUGCUGACUGCUGAGAUUAUGGACGUGAUGGAAUUCGAAGUGGGUGUCGCUACAAGUUCAGGAUCUGGCCUCUCGUUUUCGCCGUCGUCGUUUCCCCGUCUCGGCUUCAUCACCGGCUCGCCCGAGUCGCGCGGCACCCCAGCGAUGCCGACCUCGCCGUCGAUGGAUGCAAAUGCACUGUCGCCCGACUUACAUCACCGCACCGAUCAUUGCUUCCGUAUCGUGACCACCUCGCGUACCUUCGUUCUGUGCGCUCCUACCGAGGACGAGGAAAUCCAGUGGCUGAGCGCCCUGCAGACGCUACUGCAUCGACGGCGCCCCACGCCCCAUGCAGCAAGCUUCCGAUAG